ACUCAUACAAACAAACCAUUUUAUGUGAUUAUUACACAGCGUGUGUUAAUGACAGCCAACAAGGAUAACUUUUGUAAACGACACGCUUAGCUUGGCUGUCUCCUUUCACAUCGACAAUGUUCCCGACCCUGGUUUUGAAAAUAACAAAGUGAGUCCUCAACAUGAAUUUCUCUGAGGUCUUCAAACAAUCCAACCAACUUUGUAAAGUCUCUCCAGAUGGGAUAUAUUUAGCCACCUGCGUGCAGUACAGGUUGGUGGUACGGGAUGUGAGCACGCUGCAGAUCCUGCAUCUCUACACCUGUCUGGACCAGAUAUCUCACAUGGAAUGGUCGUCUGACUCUCAGUUCAUCUUAUGUGCUAUGUACAAGAGGGGUCUGGUACAGGUGUGGUCGCUGGACCAGCCGGACUGGCGCUGUAAAAUCGACGAGGGCUCAAUUGGACUGGUCGCUUCUCGCUGGAGUCCAGACGGACGUCACAUUCUCAACACCACCGAGUUCCAUCUGAGAAUCACUGUGUGGUCCCUGUGCACCAAAGCUGUGUCUUACAUCAAGAAUCCCAAACCUUGUCUCAAGGGUAUUGAUUUCAGCAGAGAUGGCUGCUACAUGGCCUUGGCUGAACGUCGUGACUGCAAAGACUAUGUUUGUGUAUUUGUGUGCGAUGACUGGCACUUGCUCAGGCAUUUUGAGACUGAGACGCAGGACCUCGCAGGGUUAGAGUGGUCUCCCAACGGCUGCGUCCUGGCUGUGUGGGACAGCUGUCUGGAGUACAAGGUGUUGCUGUAUUCUCUGGAUGGCCGGUUACUGUCAACCUACAGCGCCUAUGAGUGGUUGCUGGGUGUCAAAUGUGUGGCCUGGAGCCCCAGCAGUCAAUUCCUGGCCAUUGGCAGCUAUGAUGAAAAAGUACGUGUCCUUAACCACAUAACAUGGAGGAAGAUUGCACAGUUUGAACAUCCAGCUACCAUCAACAACACUAAAGUUGUUGUGUAUAGGGAAGUGGAGAAAAAGUCAGCUGCUGGCAAUGAAGAACUCUCGCUAGACAACAUAAGAAUGGGCUCAACACUAUUAAGCAGUCAGAGCAAAUAUGAGAUCCACCCAACUCCAUUUCAAAUGCCUGUGGUCAGACCAGACCCAGACAGAGCAAACCCCAAGAUUGGUGUGUCUACUUUGGCCUUCAGCUCAGACAGUCGCUACUUAGCCACCAAAAAUGAUAACAUGGCCAGUGUCAUCUGGGUGUGGGACGUGCAGAAGAUGAGUCUUGAGGCUGUGCUGGAGCAGACAUCACCCGUGCGUUGCUUCCAAUGGGACCCAAGACGCUCGCGGCUGGCGAUAUGUACUGGCAACACCAAAGUUUAUCUGUGGACCCCGGCAGGAUGCAUUUCCGUCCAAGUCCCCGGGGAUGGUGGUUUCCAGGUCCAGUCGCUGACCUGGCACUGCCACGGAGAUCCUCUCAUUCUGCUCGGGAAGGAGCAGCUGUGUUUGUGCUACACGAACACUGGCACUGAGGACAAGUGAUGCGAGCACGCACAUAAUUGGAAUACACUUCCCCAAUAAACUGAUGUCAUACUGAG